AUGGUGAACGACACGGUCUAUGAGCUAUGCCUGCCCGUUCUGCGGGACGAUACGCUCGACGAUGAAGAGAGGACGGAGAAGCUGGAGGAGCUGCUCCGCAAAGAGACGACCUUGGCUGGCAAACCACUCGAAGACGCGAUACUGGACUCGCUAUGGCAAUACCGAGCGGGCGCGAACACUUCAGCCUCCCCUCCGCCUUCUCGACACAUCGUCAUCCGAAGACAAUCGCCAGCUCCCUGGCAGGUCGCUCGCACACCGACACCACUCAGCGGCUCUCCGCGAACGACAAAUCCUCCACCUGGCUUGGGGCUUUCUCGCCCCGCAAUCAAUCGAGCAAAGUCGUCUACGGCCUCGCCUUUUACCUCCCCACGAGCCUCACCGCGCCUCGCUUUCUCGAGCCCGCAUAUACCACACAGUCCAAGUCUGAACGCCUACGAAUUCAGCGAAUCAAGUCCAGCGCCCGACAUAUACGGUGACUAUGGUAGCGACACCGUCGAUUGGCUCGUCAACGAAGACACUAUCAGCAACGACUCCUCGUCGUGUGCUGGCGACGGUAUGAAUGUUGGAGCCGCUGAAUGGGUGCCUUCGUUGGCUACGAACAUGGAUCCCUUCGACAUGGUGCGAUCCAUCCUCCGCGAUGAUCGUUCUAAUGAAGACAUUGAGGAAGCGCUGGAGGCUAGCGGCUACGACCUAGGAGCAGCCCUCACGGCGCUCAUGGGUGGCGCAGAUUUCGAGGCUCAACAGGCCAUCUCCACGCCUGACCUCGCAAGGUCAGUUCUUGUUGGCAAGUCAAUGAGUCCCAACUUCCGGCCUGCAACCCCAGUCGGCCAACAGAAGACCAAUGUUCUGUGCAAGUACUGGCUCCAAUACGGUCAAUGCGCGCGGGCGGACUGUCGUUUCAGUCACGACCCAAGUAAGACAGUUUGCAAAUACUGGCUGAACGGUAACUGCCUAGCUGGAGAGACCUGCAUGUUCUCCCACGACCCAUCCAUAUUCAUGGCUCGCAUGAUGCUCGACGCCGGUGCUUCGACCCCGCCUAUGCAGCCAAACUUCCAACUGCAGGACUACGACUCAUUUCCGUCCUUGCAGCCAUUCAUCGCACAGCAGUAUAUUCCUCUUCUCCAGCAAAACAUGGAGCCCACGGCGCUCGAGCAGAUGUAUGGCCUAAGCGGUGCCGUAGCCGUCCCCACACCGCCCCCUGGCCUCAGUCCACGACCCCACUUCACACCGCUCGCGUCGAAUCGGUCGUUCUCGCAUUCGCGGCCCAUAAGCCGGCCCCAAUCCCGCGUCGCAACGCCGUCUUUGCCUGCAUCCGACGACAACGAAGCUUUCCCGACUCUCGGCGCAGCUGCGGCGGUCAAGGCAGGCAAGAAACACCACGGCAAGCGAGGCGGCCAUGUGCACAGGGAACCUACAGGCCCCUCAUCACUCGCGGAUGUCGUUCGCAUGUCUCCAUCGCAAAGUCCCUCAGCCGCCCGCAAAGCCGCUCGGCCAGCCAAAAGCGGUCCGCGUGAGAACAGCAAUACUCUGCAUUCUAUCCCAGCGCCGGAACACAUACCGUGGCUCGAGACGGGAGAGAGCGCGAACAAGGCGUACCUCAAAGCGAGAGCCGAGGCCUUCAAGCAUGGCGGACUGCGCAACAAGUUUCUGCAGAGCGCGGCACAGGCGUGGAAUAGGAAGGACUCGAAGGCUGCACGCGCACUCAGCAAUCGCGGGCAAACUGAGAACGUGCUGAUGCGAGAGGCGCACCGCGAGGCCGCCAGGAUCCUGUAUGAGGAGCGGAACAAAGAUAGUGCGGGGCCAGGGUCGAAGGAGAUUUAUGUCGAUCUGCAUGGCCUCCAUCCCGAAGAAGCAGUCUCCUACCUUGAAGCCAAGCUCCUCUUGCACUCCUCCUCUCCCGCCCCCGUCUACGCCAUAACCGGCACAGGCCACCACUCGAAGAACGGCAAAGACAAAGUCGGCAAGGCCGUCCGCGCCUUCCUGUCCGAGUGGCGCUACUCGUUCCGCGAGUUCUCCGUCCCGGGCGACAGGGGCAACGUCGGCGGCAUCCUGGGCAUCGAUCCCAGCAGCUGGGACCGGAGCCUAGGGGAGCGGCGGAGUGGCGCUACGGAUGGCGGCGCUGGAGAGGAGGCCAAGGGCGAGAGCACCAAGGUAAGGAUCGUGAAGAGGGGCGAGGAGGUGGACAUACCUACGGGGCCAAAGAAAAUGGCGGUGGGUGGGUGA